AUGCUCACUCCUCUUCUCCUCUUGAAAAACGCCCACAACAGCCCCUUGUCCCUCUACACCUCCCCAAGCUCCCAUCACAGGCCAGACGUUGCCAGCGUCCAGAAAUGCUCCAUCGACAAUCUCAAGUCAGACCUCUCUUUCCUCGACGGCGCAAAACCCAUUCAGACCGCAGAGUUCAUCCUCCGCAGAGAUCGUCUGGCACAGGCCCUCGCCGCCAACAAGGUCGACGCCUUCGUUCUCGAGCCGGGCUACACGUUCCAGUACUACGGCAACGUCUCGCAGCAGGACUGGGAGCCAUGGGAGCCCGAGGAGCGGCCUUUUCUCAUGCUCAUCAUGCCGCAGGUGUCACCCAACGGCAGCGUCUCCGCCAAGACGGCGUUCCUGUCGCCCCAUUUUGAAGAGGGCCGCGUGCGCAUGCUGGGCAUCCCCUCUCGUGACGAUGCCGAGCUGGACAUUGUCGUCUGGGAAGAGCACUGGAACCCGUACACGACGCUCCUCGGCUCGAGGCUAUUCGCUGGCAGCGGCGACGAGGCACCGACGCUCAUGAUCGACGAGGAAAUGCGCGACUUCAUCGUCCGCGGGCUCACUGCAGCAAGCUUCCGUACCGUCGGCCUCAGCCCCGAGGCGGAGCUCGUCCGACAGCAGAAGACGGCGGCCGAGGUGGAGAUCCUCCGGGCCGUCAACACGGGCACCGUUGCCGCCGUGCGGGCCAUGCGGCCGUGCCUCGUCCCCGACCUGACCGAGGACCAAGUGACCACUAUCCUGGACCAGACGCUGCUCUCCAUUGGCUUUGGGCUGUUCUUUGACAUUGUCUUGUUCGAGGAGCACGGCGCCCUCCCGCACGGAGGCUUCGUCACGGGGGGCAAGAAGCUGACGUACGACUCCAUGGUCGUCAUCGACGUCGGCGCGCACUACCUCGGGUACUCGUCCGACAUUUGCCGCAGCUUCAUGAUUGAUCCGCCUCCAGGAAGACGACGACGACGACGCGCCCAACAGCCCCCUGCAGACUCUCUGCGUGCCGAAAAGGAAAAAGUCUGGCGCAUCGUCCUGGACGCGCAGACCGCGGCCGCCAAGGCUAUGAGGCCCAACGGUACUGCUGCCAGCGUCGACAUUGCUGCCCGGACAGUCAUCGAAGGCGCGGGCUACGGAUACGGGUUCACGCAUCGCCUUGGCCACGGCAUCGGCAUCAAGGCGCAUGAGUCGCCGUACCUGAAUAAAUGGAAUACAGGCUCGCUGCUCAAGCCGGGGAUGACGUUCACCAACGAGCCGGGUAUUUAUCUGGAGGGAAAGUUUGGCGUCAGACAUGAAGACGUUUACUUGGUGACGGAGGAUGGCGAGGCAGAGCUCCUCACAGGCCAGCGAGCAAGGGGAAUCUAUGAGCCUUAA